AAGCCAGUACAAUAUGCUCCUGACGACCACACCGCUCAUCCCCAACCACGCCAGGAGCAGAUGCAACCCACAGGACAGAUGGACGCUUCAGAGGUGCCGCAGGAUAAAGGGAAACUAGCGGACCAGUGCACUGAACAGAGUCAAAAGAAAGAGGAGGAAGGCUCCGGUUCGGGUGCAGGGCAACCUGGACAACAACAAGGUCGACCCCACAACUAUUGGCGCACCGGACUUUUUAAUUGCUGGGAUGAUGCUGCUUCACAGAUUGCAUGUCAUGUUGGUGUCCUUGCAUGAUAUAUGGGAAAAACCGGCAGCGGUUUGACCACUUGCAAGAAAACGAUACGGCAGAUCCGGAACAUGGUGGUUCGGGCUGUGAUGCCGAUUGUUGUAUGCAUCUAGCACUUAACGUGUUGUGCGGUUUCGGUUGGGUACUGCAGCUUGGACAAAGGGCCACAUUGAGAGCGCGCUACCACAUUGAUGGAAGCUACGUCAACGAUUGCUUGACUGCAUUCUUUUGCACCCCAUGUGAACUCACCCAAGAGAGUCGAGAAUUGGCAGAGGAGGGAAUGACUGCUUCCAAUACUGAGAGACUCGGACAGACUCGUAACACAUAACACGAACUGGCCAUUCUACGGCUCAAUAAGUUACUUGCCAUAUUUAUCUUGUUGAGCGAUUGAAAAUUCACAACUUGCAAAUGCUAUUGCAAUUUGCUUUUAUCCAGGCCUCAGGCGGCCAUUAAGAUUUGUUUGGGCUUCUUGUACUGCACGAGUGACGACCGAAGAAGUUGUUCUGGUUAUUUUGUGUUGCCAUGAGUUGCGCCGAGAACUUGAAGCAAAUUUGAGUCAAGGCUAGUCGUGAGCUUCAAGACGAAGGUUGAAUGUCACCGGCCGUGACGGU